AUGGCUUCUCAGGUUCACUUUUUGGAUGCCAAGGGAAAGCCUUUGCUAUCGAGAGAUUACAAAGGCGACAUUCCUGCAAACACGAUAGAAAACUUCCCGCUUUUGCUUCUAGAACUUGAAAAUGAUGAUGACGAAUCGCUUUACAGGCCCUACAUCAAUAGCAAGGGCAUCAAUUAUGUCUAUAUCAACCACAACAACCUAUACAUAUGUGCAUUGACCCGAAAAAAUGAAAACGUCAUGGGUAUUGUGGUAUUUUUGUCGAAAAUUAUCGAAGUGCUCCAACAAUAUUUCAAGAGUUUGGAGGAGGAAUCUAUCCGAGACAACUUUGUUAUUACAUACGAGCUAUUGGAUGAGAUGAUGGACUUUGGAGUUCCACAGACAACUGACACCAAGAUAUUAAAAGAGUACAUUACGCAAGACUACUAUAAACUCAUCAGGAAAACUCCAUCGAGAGUGGUGCAGCCUCCUAGUGCUGUCACUAACGCGGUCAGUUGGAGAAAAGAUGGUAUCAUGUACAAGAAGAAUGAGGCAUUUUUGGAUGUUGUGGAAUCUAUUAACAUGUUGAUUAAUGCUAAUGGACAGGUGUUGAAUAGUGAGAUUCUUGGAGAGGUGAAGAUGAAAUCAAAAUUGAGUGGUAUGCCUGAUCUUCGUCUCGGACUCAAUGACAAGGGCAUCUUCACGUCGAACAUGCAAGAUGAUACAGCAACAGAGUCGACCACCAACUCUAAGAAGAUCGAGAUGGAGGAUAUCAAGUUUCACCAGUGUGUUCGCUUGUCUAAGUUUGAAAAUGAAAGAAUCAUUACUUUUAUCCCACCUGACGGCGAGUUCACGGUAAUGUCAUACCGUUUGCUGUCGGCCCAGUUUCUUGUCAAGCCAUUGAUUCUUGUCAAUUGCAAAUUCGUUGUUCACAAACACAGCCGUAUAGAGAUCUUGUGUUCGGUGAAGGCUCAGAUCAAAAAGAAAUCGACGGCAAACAACGUUGAGGUGAUCAUACCCAUACCAGAAGACGCUGAUACGCCCAAGUUUACCCCUGAGUACGGAACUAUCAAGUGGAUACCGGAAAAGUCUUGUUUGAUAUGGAAGCUCAAGACGUUCCCAGGCGGAAAACAAUUUCAUAUGAAAGCUGAGCUUGGAUUGCCUGCAGUUGGAGACCCAGAGAGUAUUGUGUCGAAAAAGCCAAUUAAAGUGAAGUUCACAAUUCCUUACUUCACUACCUCAGGAAUUCAGGUACGCUACUUACGCAUCAAUGAACCAAAGCUACAAUAUCAGUCAUACCCUUGGAACUAA